UAUAGAAUGGCCCUAUUUAAAUUUAUAUUUUAACUAACUUAUACCUUUAAUCAUGUUAUAACCCUAUCAAUAAUCAAACGAGAUAGGAAGUAUUUCCAAGUAUUAGGUAAUGAAUUUUGCUUAUAUUUAAGGUCCGACUACGAUGACACAACUUCCUUCAAUAUUUCAUAAAGCUUCUCUCCACUUCCUCAUCAUCGCUAUUCUAGUAUUCUCACGACAUGGCUCGCCAACCUACAACGACUAAACCGCGAGAGGAAGAGCCUCGAGUUGAAAUCAUCGAUUGCGAGGAAGAUAUCAUCGCUGGAUUUGACUGUGCCUGCAAUGCGUUUGGGCACCAGGUUCGCGAUACCCUUUGGAUAGCUAUGAAUCCCGGAUGGGAAACCCCCGAGGGUAGAGCCCGUGUCGCAGCAAAGUUGGUUGAGAAAUGGCGCAAUGUCACAUACGACAACCAGGGAAAUGCAAACACUAUUUUUCUCAAGGCUACUGUUUCCGACCAAGGACGACCAGUUGUGGCUGGCCUGGCAGUCUGGGAUCAGUUAUCAAUAGUUGAAGGUUAUGGCGAACGGCCGUCUGAUGACCAACAUAUCUUGUCAAAUAUUGAGUCACUUUAUCCAGGUGACGAAGUCGAGCAGCGUUACCUUUUCCAGGUUAUGCGUUCGUUUGUAAAACGCCGUGUUGAGGUUGUCAAAGAAAAGGCAACAUCGCAUCCACCAGCAGUAAUGCAUCUCCGCUCGUGCUCCGUCGAUCCAGCUUACCAACGAAGGGGGAUUGCACUAAAACUAGCCCAAUGGGGUCUUGACGAAGCACGACGUCGAGGCGGUUUGGAAGCUGUUACCGAAGCAUCGAGUAUGGGAAGGCAUGUCUACUCCCGUCUAGGCUUUCAUGGCGAAGGGCCCGACAUGGAGUACGAAGUUGAUAGCGAAUUCCUCUCACGAGAAAGGCCACCCAACCUCUUUAUGCGCACUGGAACCAGCCAAUAGUGGUAGAAUGCGUUCUAAAUUAUACCCUUGCCUCGGCUGAUACUUAGGCUUCCCCUUCACUUAUAAAGAAGCUUAGUUAGUUAAUUACGUUAUUUACAUUACUCAUACAUUGUGCUUUCCAACAAUAAGAGUACAAUGUGCACUUGCACUUUGAUACAUAUUGAAACAAGAUCUUUAUGUGGAAAGGAUAGGUGGUCUGCUUUGAAAGAAAAACAAGGGCUAACAAACCAUAAAUGGAGAUAAACACUAAUUAUAUACCUAAUUAAUAGCAUUGUUUAUUAAAAGAAAAGAAA